AUGGAGAUAGAGUUACAGCCCUUUCUAGCACCCACCGCGGCAGACGGUGAGCAGCAGCAGCAGCAGCAGCAGCAAGACGUCCGAUAUGGAUUAGGGCUGCAUGUCUGGGCUGCGCCUCCCGGCUCGGUCUCGGCCUUUCCCAAAUCCUUGGUCAUCGCCGAGCUCUUCUAUGUGGCCGCUACUGUUGCCAUCAAACUCUCGAUUCUGCUCUCGUACCGGCGCAUUUUUCGAGUGCCUCAUGUGCAGAAGGCGACCACAAUAGUUGCCUGGAUCGUGUUUGCCUGGGCCUUCGCUUGUGGCAAGUGUGGAGUCAACAAUCGCGAUUACUUCCUGGGAAAGUCCAUCCCGGACACGAUCACCGAUGUUGGGAUUCUCAUGAUCCCAAUGAGAGCCAUCUGGGAGCUACACACCACGCGAACGCAGAAGUCCAGUCUCAGCCUCACUUUCUUGAUGGGUGGCCUUGUGAUUGUAAUCUCAAUCAUUCGACUCGUCUGCAUCAUGAGCGUCGAUCUGAGCUUCGAGGACAUUACGUGGAAUUUCGUUCCGUACCUGAUCCGGACCUGCGUGGAGCUGAACAUCGACACUGUUGCCGCUUGUUUGCCUUGCCUGUGGCCCAUUUACACAUACUGCCGGGAACGUAUGGGGUUGUCUGGUAGUUAUCCCAGCGCAGGCUCUUUUCCGAAUUCCGAGGGCCAGAUUUGUUCUGGGCGUAAUCGGUGGCGGCUAUUUUCGGAUGAAGACGAGUACCGAUAUGGGGAUCAGGUUCCUAUGCAGGCUGGCGAGGGAAUCACGGUUCAUCAUGGCUACUUGGUGCAGACAGAAAGCGCUACAUGUAGUGGCGGCGACGUGACCUUUCAUUGA